GCUUCACCACAAUCCGAAUCUUUUAACAAGCAGACAAACAAUUGGUCAAAUUACGAUAAAACCCCUCUCUCUUUUUGCUACCAAGAACCUUCCUACUUUCUUGCACCAAAGUUUCUUUGCAGGUUCUUUGAAGCUUCUUUAUCAUCAUACGUUGGUUUGAUAUUGUUUUUGAUGCAUCUUUUCACAUGGGUUUUGCUUAUUGAGUGAUUAUCUGUUGUGGGUAUUUGAUACAAAUUGAAAAAAAGAUGAUUAGAUUUGGUAUUUAGGGUUUUGGUUAUUGAAGAUUUUAUUAAUUAGGGUUUGAUUAGGGUUUGAUUAAGAUUCUUGUAUUGGAUGGGUUGAUUUAGAUCCAGCUGUUUGUGGGUUUCAAAUUUUUGUUUUGGUAUUUGCAUAUCUCAUUCUAAUCUAUUCAGAGGUUGAGGUUCUUUAGGUUUGACUUUGACUUUGACUUUUGGGUACUUUCUUGUACAUGUAUAAUGUUUGAUUUGAUCCAUUAUAUGUGUUUUGUAAUUGAAUCAUAGCAAAUUUUCUUGCCUGUAUAUAUAUGUUUUAUUGAGGAUUGGGUUCAAGUUUUGACCUUUUUGGGAAAAAAAAAGUCAAACACAUAUUCUUGUUCAUGUAGUUUUGCAAAUCAAUCAUUUCACAAAUCUUUCUUUAUGUUGGGAAUCCAUCUCAAUCAUAAAAAAGUUUCUUUCUUUCUUUGAGUUCUUGUUAGCUAUGAAAGUUUAUGAUUUGUCCUUUUUGUGAUAAAGUCAAACCCCUAAUCAUCCUGGGACUUUGACUAAAUCGAUGGCGAAUUCAUCCGAACCGUCAUCAUCCAUAAGCUUCACCUCAUCUUCACACAUAUCUAACGGCGCAACUAGCUACAACAUACCCCCACCAUCAAUCCCCGAGCCACGGUCGAAUAUUGAAAUCAUUGGCUUAAAUAGACUCAGCACAAACCUAGAGAAGCUCGUAUUCGAUUCAGGUUCUGAAUCUGAUUGCAAUUACAGCGAUGCUGAAGUUGUUGUUGAGGGUAUUUCUGUAGGCAUUCAUCGGUGUAUUUUAGCCACUAGAAGUACGUUUUUUAGCGAUUUGUUUAAGAAGAACAAAGGUUGUGUAGAGAAGGACAGUAAGCCGAAAUAUAACAUGAGUGAUUUGUUGCCGUAUGGGAGCGUUGGGUAUGAUGCGUUUCUCGUGUUUUUAAGCUAUGUUUAUACUGGGAAACUGAAAGCGUCUCCUCCGGAGGUUUCAACCUGCGUUGAUGAUGGGUGUCUUCAUGAUGCUUGUUGGCCUGCUAUUAACUUUGCUGUUGAGUUGACUUAUGCGUCUUCGGUUUUUCAAGUUCCGGAAUUAGUUUCGCUUUUUCAGCGUCGUCUUCUCAACUUUGUGGACAAGGCUCUUGUUGAAGACGUGAUCCCGAUCCUUGUUGUGGCCUUUCACUGUCAGUUGCAAAACGUCUUAUCUCGUUGCAUUGACCGAGUAGUUAGGUCAAAGCUCGAUACUAUUUCCAUUGAAAAAGAGCUUCCAUUUGAAGUCACCCAAAUGAUCAAAUCCAUUGAUAACAUCAUCCAAGAAGAUGACGAACAUACAGUCGAAUCAGAAGUCGUGUUACGUGAAAAGAGAAUUAAAAGCAUACACAAAGCAUUAGACUGUGACGAUGUUGAGCUUGUGAAAAUGAUUUUAGACGAAUCCAAAAUCACGUUAGAUGAAGCCUGCGCUCUUCAUUAUGCGGUCAUGUAUUGUAAUCAAGAAGUUGCUAAGGAGAUUCUUAACUUAAACCGUGCGGAUGUUAAUCUUAGAAACUCACGAGAUUACACCGUGCUUCAUGUUGCUGCCAUGCGUAAAGAACCAUCACUUAUUGUUUCGAUUCUAAGCAAAGGCGCGUGUGCAUCGGAUACUACUUUUGAUGGACAAAGUGCGGUUAGUAUUUGCAGGAGACGAACAAGGCCCAAGGAUUAUUAUGUGAAAACCGAACACGGGCAAGAAACAAAUAAAGAUCGUAUAUGCAUCGAUGUUUUGGAGCGGGAAAUAAAGAGGAAUCCGAUGAUAGGCGAUGUUUCCGUGUGUUCUUCAGCAGUGGCUGAUGAUUUGCAUAUGAAUUUACUCUACUUAGAAAACCGAGUGGCAUUUGCUCGACUGUUAUUUCCGUCAGAAGCGAAACUAGCAAUGGAAAUUGCGCAUGCCCAAACGACUGCACAGUAUCCGGGUCUAUUGGCAUCGAAAGGGUCAAAUGGUAACUUAAGGGAGAUGGAUUUGAACGAGACACCGUUGGUGCAGAACAAAAGAUUGCUUUCAAGAAUGGAAGCCCUUUCCCGGACAGUGGAAAUGGGUAGGCGAUAUUUCCCUCAUUGUUCAGAGGUUCUGGAUAAGUUCAUGGAGGACGAUCUACAGGAUCUUUUUAUCCUCGAGAAGGGUACCGAAGAAGAACAAGAAAUCAAAAGGACGCGAUUUAUGGAGCUUAAAGAAGAUGUCCAAAGAGCCUUUACCAAGGACAAGGCCGAGCUUCAUCGCGGUUUGUCCUCAUCAAUGUACACCCCCACAGUGAGAAACGGGUCAAAGAGUAAAGCCCGCAAAUACUCAUGAAACCCCCGUGUUUCUUUGAUGAUCUUUUAACACGCUUUUACGUGCCUAAUAUUAGAGGCAAAACAUAUGUAUGAAGAAAUAAUGGUGGUGCAUGAUGAUGUUUAGGGCUCAGGUUUAGGGUUUAUAUGUACUAAAUUUUGUGAUUUGACGCUAAAAAUGCUAUGUUGUUUUUUUUUUUUUUGGAUAAUAUGGUGUGAAAGCUAACGCCUUUUACUAGUAGCAUGUUAAUGUUUGUGUUUGAAUCAUAGUUUUUUAUGCAUGUUUGUUUUA